AUGGAGGCAAUGGCUAUUUCUCAAGUCUUCUCCUCUUCUUCGGUCAGUCAACACUUCUUCCAGCCAAUUGUCCAAGGCUUCAACACCCACCUUUCGAUUCCUCUAGCUUUUUACUCAAAGCGCUUGGAAGGAAGAGAAGUGGGACACGAGGCACAACUGAGAUCAGAUUCGUCUGAGAUCACCUGGAAAAUCAAGAUGGACGGCCAUAGAAUGACCGAAGGAUGGGAAGAUUUCGCCGUAGCUCAUAAUCUUCAGGUCGGAGACAUUCUUGUUUUCAGACACGAAGGUAAUCUUGUGUUUCAUGUCACACCCUUUGGACCUAGCUGCUGUGAGAUACUUUACUCACAAGAGGAAGACGAUAAUAACGACAAGGACAAAACGGGAAAGCUUAAUGUGAAGAGAAAUCCUAAAAAGGGGUGUUCUUCAUCAGACUCAGACAUUGAUUUUGUGAUCCCUGUCACACUAUCGAACCUACGACAUGAUUCAUUUUAUCUUCCAAGAGGUCUAACGACCUCAAGUGGUAAGUCAUCGACACUAGAAACAAAGUACCAUAAAUCAAGUAAACGGUUUCAUGUUAGACGAGGCUGGAGAGCUUUCUGCUGCAAGAAUGAACAUAAAACUGGUUGUUCCUUGAGACUUGUCCUCGUACGAAAUGGAACAAAACCUAUUCUCCGGAUGAUUCCUUUGGAGAGAGAUGAGGACGAAGACAUUGGAAAGCACUCGAAGAAGAAGAAGAAGAAUCAAGAAGUAGAACAUGAGUCUUUGAAAGAAAAGAAGAAUGUGGAAUUUUUGUCUUUGUCAGAUAACUCUAUCUUUGUGGUAUCUGUCACGGUCUCUAAUCUAAGAGAAGAUAGAUUGUUUCUUCCAGUGAGGUUUUCAAGGUCCAACAUAUUGAAGGAAAGAUUUCACGAGAUAAGUUUGAUGAACAAACAGGGAAGAACAUGGAUGUUACGUUUGAAAUACAGACAAUCAUCAGAACAGUUUUACAUUACAAAAGGCUGGAGAAGUUUUUGUGGGGCGAAUGGUCUGAAAGCCGGAUGUUCUUUCUUAUUUAAGCUGGUGGUCAGAAACAUAACCGCACCUUUUCUACUCAUGACCUCUGAAGAUUCUUCAUUUGGACAUCUCUUAGAAAAGAAACACUCGCAAGAGGAUUAG